AUGUGUUUACACUUUAAUCGAUAGAUAUAUUGUCCUAAACCGAAUCUAUAUUCACAAAUUAGACAAGAUUGUUAGUCUUUUAUUAAUGUGAUGACAGAAAUAAGAGCGUUUAAAAUAGAAGCACCUAGUGCUAAAACUAAUUAUAUUCUUUUAUUACCUACGUUCGCUAUGUUAUCAUACCAGCUUAAAAAUGAAGAAUCACUAACUUUUUGUAUUAUUGAAAAUAUAAGAGAUAGAAUAUUUAAAACUAAAAGAGCUAAGAGGAGAGUCUAAUAAAUGAGCAGACUUGUUAGCAUCAAAUUGAUGUAUUUUGAUUAGUUAAACUUUUUAUAAAAGUAGAAAUAGGUGAUCAUAAUAGCAAUUAGCGUUAAAGAUGGAAAGGUGUAUAGAAAAGCAAAAAGGCUAUUAGUAAUAAUCUAAACUGCAAUAAUAACUCCAAUAAUUAUUACAAAAGUUACUACAAACAAUAUCUGUUUUAGCAUUAAAAUAAUUUUUGAGUAUGUAUUAUUUUUUCUGUUUAUAUUAAAAACUUUGUUGAAAAUCUAUCUUAUAAUUCCAAUCAAAAUCGCUCUAUAUAAUUAUAAAAUUUAUCUUGUGACGAUAAAUGAUACAAAAUGUUUUUAUGUUCAUAAAAAUUCCAAAACCAAAUUCAUUUAUUGUAAAGUAUUUAUGCUUAUUUAAAAUAAAUAAAGAAUUUAAAAUUCUUACUUAAAAUUUGCUUAAACAUUUGAUUGUUUUUGA